UGGGCAAGAAAUUCAUAGAUUUUUCAAGUUAAUUGAUCUCCCACCAACCAUGCCUGUUCUUCUGCAACGUUGGCUCCGACAAAAGGCAACACGAAAUUCAGAAAGCCGAUUAAACUUCAGGGAAAUUGAUAACUGGAGCUCCUGGAUAAGCGAUGUUUACAGAAGAUCUAGAAUCGAUCUUGAAAAGCUAGACAUUAAAUUGGAUAUGCCAGAUCUUGGGCUGUUUCUGUCUGCUCCUUUCAGUGAUUCAGCCGGCCUUAAAAGCUGGGCUGAAGACCUUUGGUUGCAUCACUUUCUGCCACAAGUCGAGAGUUCUGUGGAGGAGCAGGUUGCCGAGGCAACCAAUACUCAGCAGGACUUAUUGAUCCAAGUCGCUCUGAACGCAUUCUUAGAAGGAGCUUUUUUGCCGGGCUGCCCAUGCAAAUUAGAUAUCGGUUAAGUAAGGACUAAAUUUUUAGAUAUUUUAAUCGACUCUACUAGACCUAAUGCUGUCUGACCAGGAGGAAUGUACUCAUAUUCCAGAGAUUUUGUCGGUGGUCGAAACAGGGAGAUUUGAUGCUUUCAUCAAAAGGAGGGACUUGAAAAUUUUAUAGAAGAAAUGACCUGUCGUUCUCUGAUUUCCCUGGUGCAAAUCAAGUCCUGUUUCGGAUGCCAACACUCUUGUUGUUCAUGUGUGUAACACCUUUUGCAAUUAGAUAUUACUUUCACAAAGUUUUUAAAGAGGCCGGAAGUUUGUCAUAAUGUGCAGGCCUAAGAGGGGACGUAUUUUCGUCAAAAUUUUCGUCGCAGAGGCACCAUAUUUUACCUUGUUACCUAGCAGUCCAGCCAUAUGAUACUCUGGGUACCAGAUCCUCAAUAAACCGGGGAUAAAGUAUUGUAGACUGCUUCGGUGGCAAAGAAGGAAGCUCAAAUGAUUAUUGUUGUUUCCUAAGUGCUUCCAACGGAGGGGCUGUAGCCCCCCUAGCCCUCCCCUGGCGCCACCACUGAUUACACCUUUUAAAUACAAAGCUAAGGUCUAUUUUCAACUUUGAAACUUAUAUUGCAAAACUUUCCAAAAGGCGGACAUUUCCAGUUAGCGCACACCUUGCUCUGGUCCCGACAGUGUCCUCUAAAUAGAGAGAAUACUGUAUAUUUCUGAGACUAAAUAAUGGAGACUCUGUCGCCCAGGGUAGCCAUAUGACUGUCUACUGACAAAAAUCUCUUCAUAUCCCCCUUCAACCCUUCUUAAGAUUUAUUGAAUUACUUAUCUUCAGUUUCAUUUUAAGCACUUGUUAUAAACUGCCGACUGAAUCAAAUAAAGUUUUAUCUUACUGUUCUUAAAUACAAAUUCACUUUUUCUAAAACGAAAUGUUUAGUCAAAGUUACGUUGCAAUUAGUUCUUGCAGUUAACAGCGUCAAAAGAUAUGUAAAUGAAGGAACCCUCGUUGUAAAAUAGUGCUGUACCAGAGCAUGCUACGUUUCUCGUUGAUAAGUAUGGAAAAACCACUGCCCCAGUUUUCAACUCUUUAUUAUUCAAAUCUAUUUAACACUUAAGGUGGUGGAAAGGGACACUGUGACUCCUGACAAACUCUAAAAGAACAUAUUGUACUUAACACAGAACGGCAAUUGUUGUACUCAACGACGUCGGAGAGUUUUUUCAUUCCACCUUCUGUCGCGCCCUUUCCCGCCCUGUUCACCAUUCUAUCGACCCGAAUCAUGUUUGCUAGUUUGGUACAUAUUUCAACAGUUUUAUUGCCACUGUUAUCUUGCCUUAAAGCACAAAAAUAAUAGGUGUUACUACCAACAUUAUAAAUUUUAUUCCCGUCCUUUCAAUAACUUAGUAACACACUCAGAAAGAUCAGCUACUUGGUUUGAAACUGGUGUGUUUACUGUGUUUUGUGUAAACUAUUUGAAAACUUGGUACCCUAUUCAGGCGCUGUUCACUCAACCUGAACGAUACUUACAGACACGGUAAAGGGGAUAGAGUAGGAGGGUAAAAGUACCCUUGUCAUUUGUCUUCGCAAUUAUCAAGAACAUAUAUAUGAGUUUCCGACUGUAGCAACUUUUUCAAAAACUCGCGUGAUUAUUUCGUAUCUGCUAGAAGUGAGCCGUUCAUACGCUUAUCGGAAUGGAAAUAUCAUUUACAUAACAGUAGAAGCUGCAAAUCACUGUUGCAAUUUUUUUCCUUAUCAUGAAGCUAAUAGCCAUGCCCCUGGACCGUGCCGGUGUCUUCAACGACUCUAGACCUCAAAGAUAUUCAUAAAGAAAUACCUAAAUAGAUUUUCAAUGUAAAGUGAGAAACAUAUUACUUUAUCCUCGGUGAGUAUUUAUAAUAAACAAAUUUAUAACAGUUUAGGUAUUGUGAUGUACAUGGUAAAAAUUUGCCUUAUCGAUUUCAUCCAGAAAUCAUGUCGUUUUUUGACUCUCUCUUUCUCUUCUGUCGAAAACAAAAAGAAAGUUCUUAUGUUGAUGCGCAAGGUAAGGUAAGAGCUGAGACAUACUUGUAAAGCUUUUCACUGCAUCGACCAGUUUCUUAAUUCUCGAAUACUGAGAAAAGGGACCUUAUUUCGAUAAGUAUUUUGACAAGAAGCUCAAGGGUAAAGGAAAGCGAAAGAAUGAAAAUUAAUCUAAAUUAUAGGUCCGUGAUUAACAGGGAAUACCCAUCAGUCUACUUUACCAUUCUUUGUCUCCC